AUGGAGAAGGAAGACGAGGAGGAGGAGGAGGAGGAGGAGGAGGAGGAGGAGGAGGAGGAGGAUCGUAGGGUGGUUUGGGGGGUGCGGUCAGUGUUAGAUGUUUGUUUACAGGACGAGACAGAGUUUUACGGAAGGACAUUGGCUGAUGUAGUUCGGGUGCUGCAGACGGCAGGGAGAUGUCUUACAAGGCCGACUGGUGCCCAGAGCGCCUUGGCAGCCUGGGCAAGUCGGGGAUGGUUGAGCGUUGGUGUUGCGAUGUGGGCGCAGUUGGGAUUAGUGAGCCUCGCGUUGGACACUGGCGGCGGUGAUGCGCUUGGCUUUGUAGAUCGCUGCGCCUGCCUUCACUGUCCUUUUGCAAGACGGUCCGUCUCGAGCGAGGCCUUCCGAGUUGAACGGGUUGAUCUGCAGACGCUUCAGGGAUGUCUUUGCUUGUAGCGACGAACUUGACCUCCUUGGCGGCGGAAACUCGUGACGACAUCUCCGUAGAAGAGUCGUUUGGGACGUCGCCCUUCGUUCAUCCGCAGGAGGUGUUCGUUUCAACACAUUUGUAAAUGUCUCAUUAUGGCACAGAGGCUGAGGAUUUCCAUCCGCUCCAGUACAUUCGUGUCGGGCAUCCGGUCAUGCCACUUCAGCUUAAACAUCCGUCGAAGACAGCUGGAGUGGAAGUGAUUGAGCCUCCGCGCCCGUUUCUUGGGGACCGUCCAGGUCUCCGCUCCGUACAGCAGCGCCGGCAGGAUGACUGCUCUGUACAUCUUCAUUUUGAUGUUGAGGUGGAGACUGUUGCGAUUCCCGACUGCGCUUUGCAGACGGCCGAGGGCUUGGCUGACUUUGAAAAUCCUGCAAAAGACUUUAUCGUCGACUUUGGUGUUAUGGGACAGCGUGCGGCCCAGGUUGGUGAAGUUGUCAACCACUUACAGUUGGUGUCGUUCACGUUGAUUUGA